UCGUCGUCGUCGUCGUCGUCGUCGCUGUCGUCCUCGUUGUCAUCGUCGCUAUCGUCGUCCUCCUCAGCCUCCUCCGCCUUGGGCUCAGGGCCACCCAUCGACGCGCCGCCGAGCAGCUUGUAGUGAUAGUCGACCGCAUCUGUAGAGGACAAGAAGACGAUCACCUUGGUACCGUCGUUCUCCCCCUCGACGUGAAUCUUGGCGGCAUUGCCAACAAGCGAACGCAGAAGUGCCACCAAGGUCACAAGCCUGAGCUUGGCCGGGGUGACGACGUACUUCUGGGCGAGCUGCGAUGGCGGUGUGAACUUCUCGCUCGUCUCGGGAAGAGUGAUUGCGGUAGCGGCCUUGAGAGCGUCGGCGACCUUGUCGUCCGUUGCCGUCUUCUUCUUCUCCUUCAUGUCGACGUCGGACGAUCGGAACAGAAUAGGGUCGCGGAGGGCCAUACCCGCCAGUCGCUCGACCUUGGCGUCGACCGUGGCUGAACACAACACAGUCUGGCGUCCGCGGGGCCAGUAAGGCCAGCGCAUAAGACCUCCUCCUUCCUCGUCCAUCUCGCGCUCGGCGGCAAUCUCGUUCCUUCGCCUGCCGUCCAUAGCCUUGAUGAUGCCCUGAAUCGUCUCCUCGAAGCCGAGGUCCAUGAGCCUAUCCGCUUCGUCAAGCACGAGGAACAUGCACUUGCCGGUCUGGAAGCUCGCCGUGUUCUGCAGGUGGUCGAGGAGACGACCGGGAGUCGACACAAUGAUGGGCACACCCUUGCGCAGCUUGGCCUUCUCGUGGGUGCGAGUCGAUCCACCGACGAGCAGACCGGAAACGAGCCAACGGGUGUAGCCGCGGUCCUCUUCGUCGUCAGGGAGCGACAGGGCCAUACGCAGGAUGUUCUCCAGCACCUGUGAGAUCUGCUGGGCGAGUUCACGGGUCGGCGCGAGGAUAAUAGCGAGGGUGCCGAUCGAGCGGUCGAUGUAGGACAGCUUGGACAAUGGCAGGAGCGUCUGGAUGAUGGGCAGGAGGAACGAGAGCGUCUUACCGGAACCAGUCUGGCUCUGGAUAAACACGUCGCGGGGUCCCUCGUCGGCGACCGGCUUCGCGAAGCCCUCCUCAUCCUCUUCUCUCCGUGCGGAGAUGUCGAGUGGGGAGGACAGCAUGUGCGGGAGCGCAGACUUCUGGAUACCUGUUGGGGCCUUGAUCGCCAUCUUGUUCUGGAGGUGGUGAACCAGGAGAGGGUCGAGGCCGAGUCCGGCAAACGUGUUGGUGUCGCCAAUGAGCGGAGCGUUGGACGGUGCUCCGAGGACAGGCUCAAUCGACUGCUUCACAUACCCAAUGUUGGGGUUGGACGUGAACAGCGACGAGACGAUCUGGGGGCCGGCCGGCGCGGCAGCAGCCUUGGGGGCAGGAGCCUCCUUCGGCUCAACCUCCAUGGGGAGACGGGACGGUCCAGCCUCGGCGGAAGGCGCGGCGCGCGGAGCAGGGGCAGCCUUGGGCGCCGGCUGGGGCUUGGGACGGGAGACUGGCGCCGGCGCAGGUCGUGCGACAGGUGCGGCGGUAGCAGGCUUCGGCGCCGGCGCUGGCCUGGGAGCCGGGGGAGGAGGAGGAACGCGCACUGGCGGCUGGCCCACCGGCCUCGUGGUGGCUGGCUCGGCGUUGCCAGACUCGUACUUCUUCACGACGCGCCUCGCCGCCUGCUUGGCCUUAACGCGGUCCGUCCACCGUCCGCCCUUCUUCGGCGCAAGCUGGCGCCGGACGUUGCCGCCGUCUGGGACGGAAAAGUUGAGCUCGAUCCCUCCGUCGUCCAUGUUGUUGUCGGUGGGUGUUGAGGUGAAAGUCCAAUCUCCCAUCGCGCAUCUGCCUGCAGCAGGUUUCAAGAUUUCCGCCCACAAGUGAGCGGCAAAUCGAGCCGUGCCUGGAUUUUAAUACGUGUCAAAAAUUAUCAAUGCGGGGCACCGAGUCUCAGGUUGGUCGUCACUGCACUGGGCGCCGCGAUGAGCACUGCAGCCGCCUGUGCUCAACAACAGACAGUCACUGCAACUUACGCCCAUCGACAUUGACGUGGCUUUCUCGUCAACAACUUGCAUCUAACACAAACUCUGACUCUCGACAUCACGACAUCACGACUAUAGACUUGUAUUAGCCCGGAUCGACUCGCCUCGCAAUUGUAUUACUCUAAACAGCACGGACUUGGCCACCGACGGUCAACACAUUCGCCAAGAUGGCAAUGAUAUCGGACCCGAUCUAUGCGCUACAUGCCAUCCGACUAUCGGCCCUCCGGACGACUGAUGACCCCGUCACGCCGCGCAUCGUGACGCUGGACCCGGCGUUCGGGCUGAACCCCUACAUCUCGGCGAUGGGGCUCGGGGACAUUGACAAGUGGCCUGAGAUCCAGCGUGCGCUCGACUCGCCGCCCCCAGAACGCGCGCCCCUCGCAUUCGACAGCGACGAGGACGAGGACGACCUGCCCGGCCCGUCGCGGCCCCGGCGGAACCGGCGCGCGCAGAGCGAUACCGACAACGAGCCGAAGCCUCGGAAAGGCGGUGCCCAGGGGCUGCGGUAUACCCAGACCAUUGUUGGCGCAGGGCGUGCAGGUGGUGCCAGUAUGCGUGUAUCAGGACGGAGGGCAGUGGAAGGUCGGGGGGCGGAGCUCGCUGCGCGCCGUGCGCUCGGCGGGAGGUCGGUCGCGAACAGAACCCAGUCAACAUCAGAGGACCAGCGGCCGCCGAUGCCGCCGCUGAGGCAUGACCGGCCACCACAGCCCUUGUUAUCCCCGGAGGAUGUGUUCUCGUCGGCACCAAAACCACGAGCCGACUCGGCUCCGUCUCCUGCACCGCUGGGGAUGACCGCAAUGGAAGGCGUCGCAGUUCCCGAGACGGUCAUCAGCGACGAUGGGGAAGGCGAUGGCGGUCGUGACGACUUGUCCGAGGCACUGAAAGCGCCAUCACUGCUAGGAACGGCAACAUACGACCCAGGGAGCUCUGUUGGCGUCGCUGCGAGCGCGCUACCGAGCGACCUUGCGAUGACGGCGGGCGACAGCGACCCGUUGACGGUGGAGAUGGUUGACGAAGGAUCAGACGUCGGCAGCGCCGAAGUGGUCGACGAAGACAUGCCGGUUCCCGCACCACCAGUACUACCAGGUGCAGUCAUUGGGGGAACACGCCGGGUAUCGCGUGACGUGCUCGCCCACCCCCACUACCGCGUUUCAACGAUGGACGAGGACCGGCGCAGCUCGACAGACACAAUGCCUGACGAGAAGCUCGAGUUCAAGCGGUUGUCGGCCUUCCCGGCACCUGCGGGUGGCUCAGCGCUUACCUCGGCGCUGAACCAGCAUGUCCCGCACCUCGUCUCAACGGGCGGUGGUGCCCCGCCGCCCAGCGGAGGGGCGUCUGGCGUUGGCGGCAACCCCUUCGCCUCGCUCUACGCGUCCGUUGCUGCGCCGCCAACCGUCCCAUCCAUGUCGCUCUCCGUCUUCUUCCCACACUCGGAUGAUCCAAGCGAGCCCAUCGAGAUCAAGGUGCGCAAAGAUGCGACCGUGGAAGAGGUCACUGGCCACGGUCUGUGGAAGUACUGGGACGAGGGGCGCGAGCCCAAGCUCGAGGAGGAAGAGGACAUGUCGACUGUCGGCUGGGGUCUCCGUAUCGUCGAGGACGAUGGCGAAGUCGACGAGGACUUUCCGCCGCUGGAUCGCGAGGGCCAGAUCUCGCGGUUCGGGUACGCCGAGUUUGGUAUUGUGCGCGCGACGGACUCUCAGAAGAAGCAAAACGCAGCAAUGCAGCCGCUCAUCCAGCGACGCCCAUCGAGGGUCAUCUCGGCCCCCAUGGCCAGUCGGCCAGUCGUCAAGGCGCAGCCCGCGGCGGCGGUCGCCCAGGCUCGCCCGCCACCAAUCGAGUACCUCGACGAGCCGCCUCUGGCCAGCACUGCGCGGACCGCCGGACUGAGCUCGUCCAAUGCCACACCCGUGCUUCUCCGUGUUCAGGUGCGCGCAGGUGCGGAUGUGCGCUUCACGACAACCAUCAGCGUCCCAUCAGACAUGUACAUUGCGGACCUCACAGAAGUGCUGGUGGAGCGGAAACAUCUCCAGCAACCAGCCAGCGACUGGGUGCUCUGCCUCGCCGACCUCAGUUUCGCCCUCCCACUCGACAAGACCGUCGCAAGUCUGGAGGGCAAAUCGGAGCUGGCACUCGUCAAAAGGCAAUUUGCGGCCGAGUACGGCCUCCGCGCCGCCGACAGAGUCGGAGGUGACCCCAACUCGAGCAUGUUUAAACGCGCAAACGAGCCCGCCACAAUUGCCGCAAGGUUGGCCAUGCCCGGUGACUUUGCUGGGACAUACAAGAAAUAUCACGUUCAGCGCAAAACUGGUAUUGGCCGACAUGCUCGCAUUCUUGCCAUUGAUGGAGAUUACAUUCACAUCUUGCCGUCUGAGAACAGGACCUUCUUUGACACAAUGAAGACGACGUCAUUCCACAUCACACUUGUGGCGUCGGUCAAGCUCUCUGGUCGCGCGGGCGGGUUCAAGAUCUAUGUGUGGCGCGAUGGCAACCAGAAGCGGUACGAGUUUGAGGCGGAGAACGGCAAGCAGGCGCAGGAGAUUGUCAACACGAUCAAGGAUCUGAUGAGGAUCUAUCAGACCGAGCGACGGGACCGCAACUCUGUCGGUCCCGGGGCGGCGGUGGGAACCCCCAAGGUGAGGUGAGAGGGGUGUCAAUGUUGUAGCAGCAGCUGUAUGCAUCGUACACGAGCG